AUGGAUAAUGAAGUUUUGAUAGGAAACAUAACUAAUGGAAAUAGUUUCCUUUUAAAUAAUUUAAAAAAUUCAACAAUUCCUAUUGUGGGUGAAGAACAACUACCAAUGGAUGAGGGAUAUCAAAAUGGUAUUUAUAAACAAUUUAGAUUUUAUAUUAGAUAUAUUAUACCUGUAUUUUGUAUUAUUGGAAUAUUAGGUAAUUCUAUGGCUUUAAUUAUAUUAAAAACUAAUUAUUGGUUAAAAAGAUUAACAUCAAAUGCAUAUUUAACAAUGUUAUCUAUAUGUAGUUGCAUUUUUAUUUCAUGUCUUUUUAUUGUAUUCACUGAUACUGCUAUCAAUACAUGGUCAUUUUAUUCAUCUUGGACUUAUGGUUGCAAGUUAUUUACAUUUUUACCACAAUCAUCUGAUUUUGUAUGUAGUUGGAUGAUAUGUUGGGUUUCAUUUGAUCGUGUACUUAUAUUAUACCGUCCAAAAUUACGAAAAUAUAUUUGUAAUAAAAAAUUUGCAAAUUAUGCUAUAAUGGGAACAAUAAUAAUUGGUGCAACUUUUUAUUCAUGGUGUUUUUAUUUAGCUGAUAUAGAGUAUGACUUUGAUGGUAGACCAUUUUGUGGAUUAAGAAGUGAUGAAUAUGUUUUAGGUAUAUCAUUACAAGAUAUAGCUAAUUUUUUUCUUUUUUUUGAUUUAACUGUUUGUACAAUACUUCCAUCAAUAUUUAUUGUUACUGUUAAUUGUCUAUCAAUAUAUAGAUAUAGAGAAUGUAUGAAAAUAUAUGCAUCAGGUGUAUUAAGAGUUAGAUUUUUAAAAGUUCCAAGUUCAGAGACAAAUGAUAAUAAUUUACAAACAGGUGGUGGUAAUGGUAUUGAAGAUUUAACAACACAUACAAAAAAAACACUUUUUGGGAUGUCAAGUAUGGGUGGUGGUAGUGGACAAUCAACAACAAAUACAAAUAAAUCAAAAAAAAAAGGAAAUAAAUUAAAAACAUCAGAUUUAACUUUAACAAGAUCACUUUUAAUUGUAACAAGUACAUUUAUUUGCCUACAACUACCAAAUUAUGCAUUAAGAAUUUAUCAAAAUAUUUUUAAUAUUCCUCAAGAAGAUCAACCAUUUAAUUUUAUACUUUUUAUGUCUCAUAUAAUUUACUAUGCUCAUCAUGCUGUACUUUUUUAUAUGUAUAUAUUUUGGUCACCACAAAUGAAAAAACAAUUGAAACCAACAGCACUUAAAUUAUUAGAAUGUUAUUGUUGUAAAGCUGUCCCUGAAUUUGGUCAUGGACAAUCUAUACCAUAUAUGAAAAGAGGUGAUCGUAAUUAUAUAUAA